AAAUGCAACAACAACAAUAUUGGAUUGCAAAGAAAAAAUUAUCAAAAUUUUAAAAUUCAAAACGACUAUUGCCACAUUGUUGAUCAUCAUUGUGUGCCAACAGUGUUUAACACAAAACAUGGCCAAACUCGAACGAAAAAUUUUUCCAUCACCAGAUAAUAAUCAAAAUAAUAAAACGAAAAGUAAAAAUAAUGGUCGUAUCAUAAAGAAUAAAGUGGCGAAAAAAAAGCAACAAAAAUUUCGAACCGAAAAAAAUGAUUCCAUCAACAACAACAACAACAACGAUAAUAGCAAUGAUGCUAUAGUUUUGGAACCUGUUCGACAAUCCGAUGAUAUACCAUUAUCAUUAAAUACCAAAUGGAUAAACAAACAACGUGUUUUAGUACUUGCAUCACGUGGUAUUACAUAUCGUGAUCGUCAUUUAAUGAACAAUUUGAAAGCAUUAAUGCCACAUUCAAAAUCCGAACCAAAAAUGGAAACAAAAGAUCCGAAUUUAGUUUUGAAUGAAAUAUGUGAAAUACGUAAUUGUAACAAAUGUAUAUUUUUUGAAAAUCGUAAACGUAAAGAUUUAUAUAUGUGGUUUGCAAAUAUACCGAAUGGUCCUACGGCAAAAUUUCUUGUCGAAAAUGUUCAUACAAUGGAAGAAUUGCGAAUGACUGGUAAUUGUUUAAAAUCAUCACGGCCAUUUUUAUCAUUCGAUCCAAAAUUUGAAUCCGAACCAUAUUUGACAUUGUUACGUGAAUUAUUUACACAGAUUUUCGGCACACCGAAAUCACAUCCAAAAAGUCAACCAUUUUUUGAUCAUGUAUUUACAUUCACUUUACUUGAUCAUCGUAUUUGGUUUCGUAAUUAUCAAAUUUUAGAUGAAAAAGGAUCAUUAGCUGAAAUUGGACCAAGAUUUUGUUUGAAUUUAAUCAAAAUAUUUGAUGGAUCAUUUAUGGGACGUGUACUUUAUUCAAAUCCACAUUAUAUUUCGCCAAAUAAACAUCGUAUUUUAAUUAAACAAGCUGCUGCCGAUAAAUAUCGUCAACGGUUAGAAUCAAAACAACAACGACAAUUAAUUAAACCGGCUAAUCAUGAAACAUAUGCCGAUCUAGAUCAAUAUGAUGAUGUUUUUGAAACUAUUCGGCCGGAAGAUGCAAUCGGUCCGGAAAAAGCUAUUUUUCAACGUAAAAAAUAAUAAUGAUAAAACUUUUUUUAAUGAUGAUUUUUUUUGCAAAUUAAAAUUUUAAAGAAACAA